UUCGAAUGUCAAAAUUAGAAGAGAGAUUAAGGAAGGACUUGGCUUCUUCUCCUACUCAUCGAUCGUCAAACCAAGGACGCUUCACAGUCUCUGGUGCCCCUUUUCUCGGCACCUCAAUGAGAGUUUGAGUUGUUCAUGAUAGAAGUGUCGUCCUGUUCUGCAGCCAAAACCUUAGAUAUUUACGAAUGAUGCUUAUGCAAAGAUUUGACUUGGGCCAUGACCAUGAUAUGUCGCCUACAAGCGUUUGUGAGGGAGCUGAUGAACUAGAUAGAUAGACACCUUGAGAAAGAAAACAUGGAUCAAGCAAAGGGUUAUGAACACAUGCGGUAUACUGCCCCUGACCCUAGAGAUGAGGGGCUUGGCUCCAUAAAUCAAAGGUUUUCCCACGACUCUUCAACUAAUAUUAACAGUAAUGUACGACCUCCAGAUUAUGGUAUUUCAACCCCUACUCGGCCAGUGCUAAACUACUCAAUACAGACCGGUGAAGAAUUUGCUUUUGAGUUUAUGAGAGAUAGGGUAAUUAUGAAGCCGCAAUUCAUCCCAAAUCUGUAUGGUGAGCCCAGUGGUUUGCCUGUUUCUGUUAACUUAAGUGCUAUGGGAAUGGUUCAUCCGAUGUCAGAGAGUGGCUCUAACGCCACAGUGCUUAACACAGAAGAAAAACGUCAGACCUUUGAGCAAGAAAGGAAACCCCCUUCUAGAAUUGAAGAUAAGACCUAUCAUGAGCUGGUCCAGUCAGCCCCAGUUAUCUCUUCGAGAAAUGAUACUGGUCAAAGGCGUCAUAGUUUGGUUUCUUCUAGAGCUUCUGAUAGCUCUUUGAACCAUGCGAAGUUCUUGUGUAGUUUUGGUGGUAAAAUUAUUCCCCGCCCCAGAGAUCAGAAACUUAGAUAUGUAGGUGGUGAAACGCGUAUCAUACGGAUUAGCAAGACUAUUUCUUUCCAAGAACUCAUGCAUAAAAUGAAAGAAAUAUUUCCUGAAGCACGCACCAUAAAAUAUCAGCUGCCAGGAGAGGAUCUUGAUGCCCUAGUCUCUGUAUCUUCUGACGAGGAUUUACAAAACAUGAUGGAAGAAUGUAUUGUGUUUGGUAAUGGAGGAUCUGAGAAGCCCAGGAUGUUCUUGUUUUCAAGCAGUGAUAUAGAGGAGGCUCAGUUUGUUAUGGAACAUGCAGAGGGUGAUUCUGAGGUUCAGUAUGUUGUUGCUGUCAAUGGGAUGGAUCUAAGUUCACGAAGAAGUUCCAUUGGAACAAGUGCUCCUGGGAACAAUUUGGAUGAACUGCUUCAUGGGAAUUUUGAUAAGAAGAUCAAUCGGGCUGUCACAGAACCAGCAGUGGCUUCGGUUGCUCCCUUAGCAGGUAAUGAAUCUUUACCAGCGAGCCAAACUUCUCAACCUGUAACAGGUUUUUCUACUGGAAACGAGCCAUUUUCACAGCCUUAUCUAGGACAGCAAUUACCGUUCCCCGGACUUGGUAACCACCAAAUUUACACAUCAGGUCACAUGGCAAGCAUAGGCUAUAUAGAUGAGAAGAGGUCUGCUCCUUUACAUGUUCAACCACAACCUCAUUAUAUCCCUUAUCCUGUGAAUCCUGAAACACCUCUUGAAAGCCUGGUGCCCCACUAUCCACAAAAACCUGAGCAAGGAGUUUUGCGUGAGGAGCAGAUCUUUCAUGUGCAAGAUCCAGAAGCUUCAUCAAAAGAGGCCAAAAUGAGACGAGAUGACUCAUUUCAGAAGGUAAAUGAUCCUGCUAAUGUAUCUACUGUCGAGAGCAAUCUUUCAGCAAAAGAGCCAAAGAUGAGGAGAGAAUCCUCAACCCCAAGGGUCAAUGAGUAUUCUGUUUCUUCUAUGCCUAGUGAUUUAAUAGUUCCAGAUCACCUCCCGAAGGAAGAAGCUCCAAUUGCCACACAAACAUCCAGUUCAACACCAGAUCCAAGUUCUUCCGCUGUUUUAGAGAAAAGUCUUAGAAAAUCCCAGGACCAUGUUGAGAAUGAUCUGUCAGCAAAGGAGCCAAAGAUGAGAAAAGAACACUCCACCACAAGGGUCAAUGAAUAUUCCGUUUCCUCUGUAGCUAGUGACUCUAUGGUCUCAGAUCACGCCCUCAAGGAAGAAGCUCCUAAUUCCAUGAAAAUAUCCAAUUCAACACCAGAUCCAAAAUCCUUUGUUUAUCCAGAAAAAAGUCUUAGAACAUCCCAGGAGAAAACGGGUGCCUUGGAUACAACAAGCGAAGGCAUGAAAAAGAAUCAGGACAAUCAAUUUUGUCUGCUUGGAGGAUUCUCAGCAUCUGGACAUGGUACUUCAUCUAAUGUGAGCAAUGUCGACCAGCCUGUGAUUCAUCAAAGAGUUUUUCAUUCUGAGCGCACUCUACGAGAUCCAACAGAAACUAACCGUUUGUCUAAAUCUGAUGAUUCCCUUGCUUCUCAAUUUGUAAUGGCUCAAACAACAUCAGAUGCUUUCCUGCCUAUCAGUGAAUCAUCUGAAACUUCUCAUGAAGCAAAUAUUGAGUCCCAGAAUGUUCAUUCUACUGCACCAGUAAGACCAGCUCCUGAAAGCAUCUGGACAGCCGAGGGUAGUAUGUCACAGUCUGAAAAAAGAAACUUGGAAACUAACACCCCGGAGCAUGUAAGUCAGACAGAGACUUCAGCAAAGGCUGUUCUACAAGGAAACAAUGAGAAGGGGGAUAUAGUUGUUGAUAUAAAUGAUAGGUUUCCUCGUGAGUUUCUUGCUGAUAUAUUGAAAACGAAAGAGUCUAUGAACUUCCCUGGAUUAGGGCCAUUGCAUGCCGAUGGAGCUGGUGUGAGUUUGAAUAUUCAGAAUAAUGACCCUAAAACUUGGUCAUAUUUUCGAAAUUUGGCGCAGGAUGAGUUUGAGAGGAAGGAUCUAUCCCUUAUGGAUCAGGACCACCCUGGGUUUCCCACUUCCAUGACUAACACCAACGGAGUUCCUAUUGACUAUAGCUACCCACCAUUGCAGUCUGAGAAAGUUGCCUCAAGUCAGAUAAAUCCACAAAUCCACUUUGAUGGAAAUAUCCAGCCAGAUGUGUCUACCAUUACCAUACCUGAUCUGAACACAGUAGACACACAAGAAGAUUACAGUCAGUCACAAAUCAAGGGUGCUGAAAGCACGGAUGCAACGCUGAAUGCUGGAGUUCCUCUUAUUGACUUUAUGGCUGCGGAUAGUGGCAUGAGGUCUCUGCAGGUCAUUAAAAAUGACGACUUGGAAGAACUGAAGGAAUUAGGUUCUGGUACCUUUGGAACUGUUUAUCACGGAAAAUGGAGGGGUACAGAUGUUGCUAUCAAGCGAAUAAAAAGGAGCUGUUUUAUCGGUCGUUCAUCUGAACAAGAGAGAUUGACCUCGGAGUUCUGGCAUGAAGCAGAAAUUCUUUCAAAGCUUCAUCAUCCAAAUGUUAUGGCAUUUUACGGCGUAGUGAAAGAUGGACCAGGAGGAACUUUAGCUACAGUGACAGAGUACAUGGUCAAUGGAUCGCUCAGGCAUGUUCUGCUCAGCAACAGGCACCUUGAUCGACGUAAGCGACUUAUCAUUGCAAUGGACGCAGCUUUUGGGAUGGAAUAUUUGCACUCAAAGAGCAUAGUGCAUUUCGAUUUGAAAUGUGAUAACUUGCUUGUCAACUUAAAGGAUCCCGCCCGUCCCAUAUGCAAGGUUGGUGAUUUUGGUCUGUCAAAGAUAAAAAGAAACACUUUGGUCACUGGCGGUGUAAGGGGAACCCUCCCUUGGAUGGCUCCCGAGCUACUUAGUGGCAGCAGCAGCAAAGUUUCUGAAAAGGUUGAUGUGUUCUCUUUCGGAAUUGUCUUGUGGGAAAUUCUUACCGGUGAGGAACCCUACGCCAAUAUGCAUUAUGGGGCAAUAAUCGGAGGCAUAGUGAACAAUACAUUGAGACCAACCGUGCCAAACUACUGUGACCCAGAGUGGAGAAUGCUGAUGGAGCAGUGUUGGGCUCCUGACCCAUUUGUUCGACCUGCCUUUCCGGAAAUAGCCAGACGUCUCCGCACCAUGUCCUCCUCUGCGGUCCACACAAAACCACACGCCAUCAACCACCAAAUCCACAAGUAAUCUAUCAAUUUAAUUGCUGGUACGUAAAUCGUAAAAAAAAAAAUGGUUUGUGUAUAAAAUAUAUCCUUGCUGCUUCUUUCGGAUUUGAGUGCUACAGUUUCAAGGAUUGGUGUUGAUUUGUACAAGAAACUUUAAAAGCACAUAUUGUAUAGCCAUUUUCAUUAUAAUUGAGUGUAAGUAAAUUGGUUUUUGGUACAAAGACUUGGACCUUCUUUUCUGUACUCGGGGGUCUUUCUUUCAAUAAAAAAAGAUCAAUCUA